AUGGGGCCGUACUUUGCAGACUAUAAGUGUAACGAUGCUGAAAUUACAAAACAUAUUAUUUAUAAUAAUCAAGAAAAUAUGCUUAAUUGGUUAAAACCAGGAGAUGUUUUAAUGGUCGACCGCGAAUUUCGCGACGCACUAGAACACCUUCAAAAUUUCGAUUUUGUUACUAAAAUGCCACAUUUUUUACCACAUGGUCAAAAGCAAUUUACUAUUGCCGAGGCGAACAAAACACGACUCACAAUGAAAAUACGUUGGGUCGUUGAAAGUGCAAAUGGCAGGAUCAAGACGUGGAAAAUAUUUGGUAGAGUAGUACCAAAUGCAAUUUUAAAAAAGGUAAGCGAUUUUGUUGCCAUAGUAUGUGCAUUAAUUAAUGCAUAUAGGCCCUUAUUUGUGGCUGAUGUAACAAAAGAUAAAGUUCUCGGAGAUAACAUUACGGUUCUAGUUGAAGAAACAGAUAAAUUACAAGAGUAUGUCGAAAAACUAAAAGAUAAAACAGUAAAGCAAUUGAAAUGGAAUCAUAUUGAUGCCAAUGAUAUUCUAAAUGAUUUUCUUAAGUUGACAUUAAGUCAGUUGAAUGAUCUAACACUUGGCACAUACCAAAUAAAGCAAGCACGUAAUUAUACUUGUGAACAUCUGUCUAAGAAUGGUACUUUUGUUGCAAAAAAUUUGUAA